UCAUGCAAUACUAUCCCACCACAUGACCGCUGGCCGAGCCUGAAUGUCGGAGGAGAAACGAGACGCGGCAUCACAAGCGGCCGCUCGCGAUGUCCGCCAACAAAGAGGAAGAUCGGCGAGGCGCGAGCUCGAAAAAGGAACGUUGCCGCUUGCCGGACCACGACGACGCCCUGCUGCUGCGCUGGCCAGCCACCACUGCCAACAAUAAAGGUGAACGGCCCGCAUGUACCGGCCGCCUGCACCAUCAUCAACAACAGCCUGCCGGGUGGCCGUCGAGGAAGCAAAGCAGUGUUCAAACACCGCUGGAACCUGCGUACCGCACUGCCCGGCCGAAUGGACCCACUGCUUGACGAUAGCAAGAGCCGUGAGCAACAGGUGGCGCAGCUGUCGCGUUUCUGCGAAGCUCUGUGGCUCAAGCGCCAGAUGACGGACGUCGAGGUGCAAGUAGAGGCUGAAGUGUUUCAGGCACACAAGCUCAUCCUCACCUGUCACUCACCCUACUUUCACAAGCUGCUCAUCAAUACGAAGCCCGAGAUGCUCAAGGUGCAGGUUCGAGAAGUCGAGGUGGUCAGAAUUGUUCCGGAGUCGUCCAUACGGCGUGCCUUGUAA